UUCCAGUGCCCUGAGAUGGAGAGAUUGACCACUCUUGGUUCCAUGCACAAAGAAUAUGGAGUCAGGAGAGCGACUAACAUCAUCAUCCGCCUCCUCUACUACAGCUACUUCCUCUCCUGCGUCUUCUACACCUUCUGUAGCGUCAGCAGUUUCAAAGGUGGCCUUUCCACUGGAGCUGCAUCACUUAGCUCCACAAUCAACACAUGUGGACAUUUAUUCAGAACAGCUGGGGAUCAACCGUGUAACCUGUCCACAGUGCCGAGUGCCUUCCCAAUGGUCAGCCACCCAGUCUUUGGUCUACAUACAGCCAGCUCAGGGCAUUCAGAGUUUGGUGGCUUGGGAACACUUGGUACUCCCACAGCCUUAGCAGCACAUCCCCAACUAGCACCUUUUCCAGGUACAGAAUGGUGGCGAACAGAUGUGCACACUCGUACAGGGGCUGCUUUUUUUCCACCUCUUCUGGGAAUUCCACCACUAUUUGCUCCUCCUGUCCAGAAUCAUGAUUCCAGUUCAUUCCAUUCAAGAACUACAGGGAAAAAUAGUCGAGGUGGUUUAGAAAAAGGUGUGAAUGGAUCAGUAAAUGGGAACAGUACAACAUCAGUAUCUGGGAUCAACACAUCCAUAUUGCUUACUACCACUGCAAGUUCUGCAGGACAAGCAAAAGCUAUAACCUCAGGAGGGGGAGGUCGCAAAUGUAACCAGGAACAAAACAAAAACCCGCUUUUGGAUGCCAGAGCUGACAAAAUCAAAGAUAAGAAACCAAGAAAGAAAGCAGUAGAAAGCUCCAGCAAUAGUGAUAGUGAUUCAGGCUCCUCUUCAGACACCUCAAGUGAAGGCAUUAGUAGUAGUGACUCAGAUGAUCUAGAAGAAGAUGAGGAGGAGGAGGAGGAGGAGGAAGAUCAAAGCAUUGAAGAAAGUGAAGAUGAUGAUUCUGAUUCAGAGAACGAAGCACAACAUAAAAACAAGAAUAAGGUGCUAAUGCAUAGUGGUGUAACAGACGUGAAAGCAGAUGGACAAAAAACGCAUGAAAAGUCCCAGGAAAAGAGAACACACCAGCAGAUACCUCUUGUGUCUGAUUCCCAGACUCCCUCGUCAUUCCAAUCCCAGCAGAAGCAGCCUCAGGUUUUGUCACAGCAGCUUCCCUUUAUUUUCCAAAGUUCUCAGGCAAAGGAGGAAUCUGUGAACAAACACACAAGUGUAAUACAGUCUACGGGAUUGGUGACCAGUGUGAAACCUUUGUCUUUGGUAAAUCAAGCCAAAAAGGAAACUUAUUUAAAACGUAUAGUUCCUUCUCCUGAUCUACUGAAAGCAGGGAAUAAAAAUACCUCUGAAGAAUCUAGCCCUUUAACCAGUGAUGUAAGAUCAAAACGGGAACAGUAUAAACAGACAUUCCCAGCACAAUUAAAGAAACAAGAAUCAUCUAAGAACCUGAAGAAGAUUAUCACAGCUUUGUCAAGUCCAAAACCAAGUUCUAGUUUACCAGCUCAUCAGAAACAUACAUCUCUAGAAAACAAUCAUUCUAAUCCAUUCUUGACAAAUGCACUUUUAAGUAAUCACCAACCCAAUGGAGUAAUUCAGAGUGUCAUCCAGGAAGCACCUCUAGCACUUACAACCAAAUCUAAAUCCCAGCCCAAGAUAAAUGAAAACAUAGCUACUUCUAGCAGUGCCCCUUUUUCUUCACUAGGAAAUGUAAGUUCAUGUGGGAAAAAAACACCUGGUAACAGGACAUCUGUUAUGCCCUCUACCUCUCCUGUGUUACCUGGUCUGGGAAAGGAAAAAGCAGUCAGCAAUAAUGCAAUAACAGCAGUGAAAACACAGCACCGCCUUCAUUCUUCAAAAUCUUUAGUGGAACAAUUUAGAGGAACAGAUUCUGACAUUCCAAGUAGUAAAGACUCGGAUGAUUCAAAUGAAGAGGAUGAUGAUGAUGAUGAUGAUGAAGACGAUGAUGAAGAUGAUGAGGAUUCUGAUGAUAGUCAAUCAGAGUCUGACAGUAAUUCAGAGUCAGAUACAGAAGGGUCUGAAGAUGAUGAUGAGGAUGACAAAGAUCAAGAUGAAUCUGAUACCGAUACUGAGGGAGAGAAAAUGCCACUGAAACUGAAUAAAACAACUUCCUCUGUGAAAAGCUCUUCCAUCAGUCUCACAGCUCACUCUACGCCACUUAAUCUCCAAGUAGUAAAGACUCCAAGCUCUGCUCCUGCUGCCUUAUGUCCUGAAUCCCAGUCACCAGUUUUUCUUGGGACACCUUCUUCUACACUUACUCCAAGUAUACACUGUGGUACUUCAAAAAGGCGAAGAGUAACAGAUGAACGAGAGUUGCGUAUUCCUUUAGAGUAUGGCUGGCAAAGAGAAACACGAAUAAGGAAUUUUGGUGGUCGCCUUCAAGGAGAAGUAGCAUAUUAUGCACCGUGUGGAAAGAAACUGAGACAGUAUCCCGAAGUAGUAAAGUAUCUCAGCAGAAAUGGAAUAAUGGAUAUCUCAAGGGACAAUUUCAGCUUCAGUGCAAAAAUAGGAGUGGGUGACUUCUAUGAAGCCAGAGAUGGACCGCAGGGUAUGCAGUGGUGUCUUCUGAAAGAAGAGGAAGUCAUUCCCCGUAUCAGGGCUAUGGAAGGUCGUAGAGGACGACCACCGAAUCCAGAUAGACAGCGUGCUAGAGAGGAAUCCAGAAUGAGGCGUCGGAAAGGCCGACCUCCAAAUGUUGGUAGCACUGAAUUUUUAGACAACACUGAUGCAAAGCUGUUAAGGAAGUUGCAAGCUCAAGAAAUAGCUAGGCAAGCAGCACAAAUAAAGCUUUUGAGAAAACUUCAGAAGCAGGAACAGGCUCGAGCUGCCAAAGAAGCAAAAAAGCAGCAAGCUAUUAUGGCCGCUGAAGAAAAGCGGAAGCAAAAAGAACAGAUAAAGAUAAUGAAACAGCAGGAAAAAAUUAAGAGAAUUCAACAAAUCAGAAUGGAAAAAGAACUUCGGGCUCAGCAAAUUUUAGAGGCUAAAAAGAAAAAGAAGGAAGAAGCAGCAAAUGCCAAAUUAUUGGAGGCUGAGAAACGAAUAAAGGAAAAAGAGAUGCGAAGGCAGCAGGCUGUUCUUCUGAAACAUCAGGAGUUGGAGAGGCAUAGACUAGAUAUGGAACGAGAGAGGAGAAGGCAACAUAUGAUGCUUAUGAAAGCCAUGGAAGCACGUAAAAAAGCAGAAGAGAAAGAGCGGUUAAAGCAGAGAAACGCGAUGAAAAAGAUUAAAUAAAGAGCGUAACUGGAACAGCGAAGAUUGGAAUUAGAAAUGGCUAAGGCUAAGAAGCCUAAUGAAGAUAUGUGCUUAGCAGACCAGAGGAACUGUCUGUCUCAGUUUUCAGUUCUGUCUACCAGAGAGCUACUUUCGAGACACAAGGUGGGUAAGCCUUUGCCAGAGUUGCCUCGCAUUCCAGGACUUGUUCUCUCUGGAAGCACAUUUUCAGACUGUCUCAUGGUGGUGCAGUUCUUGCGCAACUUUGGUAAAGUUCUUGGCUUUGAUGUGAAUAUGGAUGUCCCUAAUCUAAGUGUUCUUCAAGAGGGCUUGUUAAACAUAGGGGACAGCAUGGGAGAAGUACAAGACUUACUUGUAAGGCUCCUCUCAGCUGCUGUUUGUGAUCCAGGACUAAUCACAGGAUACAAGGCCAAAACUACUCUUGGGGAACAUUUGUUGAAUGUUGGUGUCAACCGUGACAAUGUUUCUGAGAUUCUGCAGAUUUUUAUGGAAGCUCACUGUGGGCAAACUGAGCUUACAGAAAGUCUAAAGACCAAAGCUUUCCAGGCACAUACUCCAGCUCAGAAAGCAUCGGUACUUGCUUUCCUUAUUAAUGAGUUAGCAUGCAGCAAAAGUGUAGUGAGUGAAAUUGAUAAAAACAUUGAUUAUAUGUCAAAUUUAAGAAGAGAUAAAUGGAUGGUUGAAGGCAAAUUGCGGAAGCUUAGAAUCAUUCAUGCCAAGAAAACCGGCAAGAGAGAUACUGCAGUGGGUGGUGAAAUAGGAGAAGAACAGCAUUCAUUGGGUACAUCCACUCCAGGCCGCAAACGGAGACGGAAGGGAGGAGACAGUGAUUAUGAUGAUGAUGACGAUGAUGAUAGUGAUGAUCAAGCAGAUGAAGAUGAUGAGGAUGAAGAGGACAAAGAUGACAAAAAGGGAAAGAAGGCAGAAGUUUGUGAAGAUGAGGAUGAUGGGGACCAGCAACAAAGCCAAUACAGAAGGAAGUUAUUUGAAGCCUCUCACUCUUUACGGUCAAUGAUGUUUGGUCAGGAUCGUUACAGACGCCGGUAUUGGAUUCUACCCCAGUGUGGGGGUAUUUUUGUGGAAGGCAUGGAAAGUGGUGAAGGUCUAGAAGAAAUUGCAAAAGAAAAAGAGAAGUUAAAAAAAGCAGAAAGUACACAUAUCAAAGAAGAGAUGUUUGAGACCUCAGAGGAAAAAUUAAACUGUAUAAAUACAAGUCACUGUGAGCAGAAAGAAGAUCUGAAGGAAAAGGAUAACACUAAUUUGUUUCUACAGAAGCCUGGCUCUUUUUCAAAGCUAAGCAAACUGUUGGAGGUAGCAAAGAUGCCUCCUGAAUCUGACAUUAUGUUACAAAAACCCAAUGGCAGUGCAGCAAAUGGGUGCGCGUUAUCUUAUCAAAAUAACUCUAAAAACUCUCUCUGCAGCCUUCAGUCCACCAUAUCACAAAGCAGCUCUGAAAAGUCAGAUUCUAAUAAUCUUUUUAAUCCCAUUGCAAGUGGGCCAGGGAAGUUUUACAAUUCUCCAUUAAUUCCAAAUGACCAGUUGUUAAAGACCCUUACAGAAAAGAGCAGACAGUGGUUCAGCCUUUUACCAAGAAUACCAUGUGAUGAUACAUCAGUUACCCAUUCAGAUACACCAGCUGCUUCUUCACUAACUCUGCAUUCAAAUCCUCCCUCAAAAUCACCUUCACCAGUCCCAUCUCCUCAUAUCACUUCAACCUCUGUACAGAGUCCUAUGGGAAUAAGUCCUUUUGCAUUAUCAUCACUUCAGAUGAAGACUGGAUUACCUAUAAUGGGACUUCAAUUUUGUGGAUGGCCUACAGGAGUUCUUACUUCAAACCUUCCAUUUUCAUCUCCCUUACCUAGUGUUGGAUCAGGGUUAGGAUUGUCAGAAGGAAAUGGUAAUUCAUUUUUGACUCCCAAUGUUCCUACAAGUAAAAGUGAAUCACCGGUGCCACAAACUGAAAAAACAGCUUCUGCUCCCUCUACAGGAGUUGAAGUAGCCAAGCCAGUAGAUUAUCCUAGCCCAAAACCCAUACCAGAAGAAAUGCAAUUUGGCUGGUGGAGAAUUAUUGAUCCAGAGGACCUAAAAGCUUUGCUUAAAGUACUACAUCUCAGGGGAAUAAGAGAGAAGGCCUUACAGAAGCAAAUACAUAAACACAUGGAUUACAUUACUUUGGCCUGCAUCAAGAACAAAGAUGUUGCAAUUAUUGAAAUAAACGAAAAUGAGGAAAACCAGGUAACUCGAGACGUUGUGGAGAACUGGUCAGUAGAAGAGCAAGCAAUGGAGAUUGAUCUGGCUAUUCUUCAUCAGGUGGAAGACCUAGAACGGAGAGUUGUAUCAGCUAGUUUGCAAGUUAAGGGCUGGAUGUGUCCCGAGCCUGCAUCGGAGAGGGAAGAUCUGGUAUAUUAUGAACAUAAGUCAUUUACUAAAUUGUAUAAGAAGCAUGAUGGAGAAUGUGCUGGAGGAGAAGAAGGCAAUACCAGUGCUCUAGAGCGGAAGAGUGACAACCCUCUAGAUAUAGCUGUAACCAGGCUUGCUGACUUGGAGCGGAACAUAGAGCGAAGGUAUCUGAAGAGCCCCUUAAGUACCACCAUUCAGAUCAAACUGGAUAAUGUGGGCACAGUUACUGUCCCUGCUCCUGCACCAUCCAUUAGUGGUGAUGGUGACGGAAUUGAAGAGGAUAUUGCUCCAGGGCUAAGGGUAUGGAGAAGGGCAUUGUCAGAAGCUCGCAGUGCUGCACAGGUAGCUCUGUGCAUUCAGCAGUUACAGAAAUCAAUAGCAUGGGAAAAAUCUAUUAUGAAAGUUUACUGCCAAAUAUGUCGAAAGGGAGAUAAUGAGGAACUUCUGCUUCUUUGUGAUGGCUGUGACAAAGGCUGUCAUACAUACUGCCAUAGACCGAAGAUCACUACUAUACCAGAGGGUGACUGGUUUUGUCCUGCCUGCAUAGCAAAGGCAAGUGGUCAAACCCUAAAAAUAAAAAAACUUCAAAUCAAAGGGAAAAAAAGUAACGAACAAAAGAGAGGCAGGAAAUUGUCUUUAACAGGAGAUACGGAGGAUGAAGACUCUGCAACUACUAGCAGUUCUUUAAAAAGAGGAAAAACAGACUCCAAAAAAAGAAAAAUAGAUGAAAAUAUUUCUAACCAAUUAAAACAAGAAAGCUUCACUCCUACGAAGAAACCUAAAAGAGAUGAAUCCAAGGACCUGGCUAUAUGCAGCAUGAUCCUGUCUGAAUUGGAAACUCAUGAAGAUGCAUGGCCUUUUCUACUUCCUGUAAACUUGAAACUUGUUCCUGGUUAUAAGAAGGUUAUUAAAAAACCUAUGGACUUUUCCACCAUCAGAGAGAAGCUAAGCAGUGGACAGUACUCUAAUCCUGAAGCAUUUUCUCUAGACAUCAGGCUUGUUUUUGACAACUGUGAAACCUUUAAUGAAGAUGAUUCUGACAUAGGCAGGGCUGGCCACAACAUGAGGAAAUAUUUUGAAAAGAAAUGGACAGAGAUUUUCAAAGUGAGCUGAAUUUAUCAGAACUCAGUUUUUUUUCCUUAAACGAGGACAAAUGAGACCAGCAAUGUGAACUGUAUUUACAUAAAAAGUGCAAGGCACACACAUAACUAAUGACUGUUUUUUUUUCUUAAAGAGAAGUAUCGCAGAAGAGUGAUACUAAUUCUAAAGGCUUCACUCCUACAGCAACCAUGGCCCUUGGUUAUUGGUUUGUGUGUUUUAUCAAACUAAUUUAGGUAGAACAGGGAAGCACACCCAAAGAAUUUCAAAGAAAGGGGUGUUAUAGUGCAAUAGCAAUUUAAAAUAUAUCAAAACGCACUGAAUAUUCAGCCACCAGAGCUCUACUUGGGGAAAUGGUUCUCUUUUCCCUUUCAAUAAAUAUCUAUUUUUCAUUUUUUUACUUUGUAGGUUAUUUUUUAGUGAAUGUAUUUAAUUUUAUGAAUUAUUUAUGAUUAAACAGCAUCCAGAAUCUUCGUUUUCUGUGAAAAGGAAGAAUUAGAAAAAUUGCUUUAAAUCUUGAAAAUACAACAAGGAAUGUUUUAAAAUAUAAAACAAAGCCAAGUAAAACUGUUUACACUGAUGUGCUAUAAAAGCACUAAAAGUUAAAACUUUACUGUAGAGUUACAAGUACAUUUAUAUAUAUAUGUUGCUGCAUCACUUGUGUAGUAAAAUUGUAUUUGAAGACCGUGAAGAAAAUUUGAGACAUAUGUAUAUACUGUUCAUUAUUGUUUAUAUUAUGUCUUGUUUUAAAUAUGUAUGAUGUGUACAUAUUAUUUGCAGACAUUAUUGUUUAUGCCUUAGAAGGACUGUAGCAUUUUAUUUUAGUCUGAAGGUAAUUAUAGCUAUACGGCUUGUACAGUAAUUAUCCUCUACCAACACUGUGGUCUCCUUAAUCUUGGUAGUGCCUGCCUUUAAAACAGGGUGUAGGGGAUAUUAGUUUUCCAUUUUUCUAUUUUGUUAUAUAAUUUCAAGCCACCAGGGCCUCAGAUUUAAGUAUAAUCAUUUGUAUCCAUGUGAAAUAAAAUUGUGACAAUUUCUUACGCACACAGUAUUUUUUCAUAGAAACAUUUCCCUCCAUUUGCCUUGCCACAGAAAUAACAAAAGACAUUUGUAACCACUGUGUUUUAUCUACUGUGUGUUGUGGUGGCCUGUUGGAGGCAGAUAGAUCAGAAUUUUUUUUUUUGUACGUAUGUAAAAGUACUUGAAGCUUUAUUUAAAACAAAAACGUUGUGGAAAAGGUAGCAUUCUUUUUUCUUUUCUUUUUUUUAUAGGAGUGUUAUUUUUCACUAGUAUGUGUGGCACGGAUACAAUAAAAGACUGUUUUGCAAACCA